AUGUCAAAUUUUGAGCAGCUUCACUUCGACUUUUACCAGUCCAAUUACACCAUAGAUGAUCAGGAGGAAGGCUGCAACAGCUAUGGGUCUAACGAAAACUUCUCUGGAAGCAUAAAGAGCCAAACAGGAGAGCAACCUCCAACUGGAGCUUUUGCCCCAUCCGAUAUGCUUCUGUCCUCUAAGAGUUACACAGGUCAGAUUUUGCAGCCAACGUACAGUCCCGAUACUCUCUCUCAUCUUGGUUAUGCUGAUGGAUUUGACGAGGAACCUCCUUUGCUAGAAGAACUUGGGAUCAAUUUUGAGCAUAUAUGGCAAAAAACAUUAACAGUUCUAAAUCCAAUGAAGCCUGCAGAUGGCAGCAUUAUGAAUGAGACAGACCUCACCGGACCUAUCAUUUUCUGUUUGGCCCUUGGAGCAACAUUGCUGAUGGCAGGAAAAGUUCAUUUUGGCUAUGUGUAUGGCAUGAGUGCCAUUGGGUGCCUUGUUAUGCAUGCCCUGCUGAACCUGAUGAGUGACUUGGGAGUCUCACAUGGCUGUGUUGCAAGUGUCUUGGGCUAUUGUCUGCUGCCCAUGCUGAUCCUGUCGUCUUCUGCAGUUAUCUUCUCACUACAGGGGAUCCCAGGAAUUUUGUUAGCUCUGUUUAUUAUUGGAUGGUGCAGUCUGUCAGCCUCCAAAAUUUUUACCUCUGCACUGGCUAUGGAAGGACAGCAGCUACUGAUUGCAUACCCGUGUGCUUUACUUUAUGGACUUUUUGCACUUCUAACGGUUUUCUGA